CAAAUACAAUAUGAAGUUAUCCUACCUUAAACUUGGGCUUCUAUUCUCCAUAUUGCUUUCAUUUUCUUGUUCAACAUUCUCUCAAUCCACAGCAGCAGCAAGAAUCAACUUUGCACUAGAUGCAGAUGGCCAUCAACUCCAAUCAGGCACAAAAUACUACAUAUAUCCAAGCCAGGGUGGGAAUGGAGGAGGGCUAGCCUUAUCAGCUAAAGAUUUCGCGUGCCCGUUUUAUGUCAUGCAAGAAAAUCUUGAAGCCUCAAAUGGUGUUCCGCUAAGAUUAUUGCCUGUGGACAACAGACAGCAGAGCAUAAGUUUGUCUACUGAUCUCAAUAUUGCCUUCAAUGCAGCAACCAUUUGUGUGCAAUCAACCGCCUGGAAACUCGGACCCAUCGAUGAAAAUUCGGGGCGGAGAUAUGUGAUGAGCAAUGGUGUAAUUGGCCGUCCCGGAGCUGAUACUUUGAGCAGUUGGUUCAAAAUAGAGAGAGAUGGAAGUGGGAAUGGAUACAAGAUUGUGUAUUGUCCUGGAGUUUGUGGCUCCUGCAAGGUUGGGUGUGGAGACAUUGGUGUGUUUAUUGAAAAUGGGAAAAAAUGGCUUGGUUUGAGUGAUGAUCCAUUUGUUUUUGUAUUCAAGAAAGCCUAGGUGUGAAUCAUGAAGAAUUUCAUAGUCUUGUGGUUAAUGAAUUCGGCUUCUUUGUUGUGUUAUAUUUCAGAAGAAACACUGGACAAUCUACAGAAAUUUCAGUUGUUAUUACUUGUUAUAAGCAUAUUAGGUUCAUCUGUUUACCAUCAAAAGACAAACUUCAUGGUUUAAUUGUAUUUGAUCAGAAAAUGUUUGAGAACGUUGUGAAGAAAAGUUGUACAAUUGACUGAGAAUGGAUGAAUUUGCUGGAUUUAGGAUUUUA